ACUCGAUUCAUUACUACUGAACACAACUAUGUCAGACGGCAAACUAGAGAAAAUGGAUAAGGACUUUAGUCCUCAGGUAGACCAGCUUCUUCCGGAGACUGAGAGCCUCCAACAGCAAGGAAAGCUUCAGGAAGCCUUGGAGAAACUCUUGGUUCUCGAGAAACAAGCUCGUAUGGCUGCAGAUCAGUCAUCUACUGGUCGAAUCCUCGUUCAAGUAGUCAAGUUAUGCUACGAAGCUCGCGAUUGGAAAUUGCUUAACGAACACGUUAUACUUUUGUCAAAGAAGCAUGGCCAGCUCAAGGGGGUAUGUAAUUCCACUUUAUACCCACGUAUUACUACAUCAAAUAUGACAAUCGUGUUAACGAACGCAUCGCUUGAACAGGCAACUACCAAAAUGGUGCAAGAAGCCAUGUCACAUCUUGAUGACACUCCCGACAUGGAAACGAAACUAGAACUCAUUGACACACUUCGUACAGUUACAGAGGGCAAAAUUUUUGUAGAAGUUGAGAGAGCAAGGUUGACGAGAAUGCUUUCCAAGAUCAGAGAAGAUGAAGGAAAGAUCGACGAGGCAGCAGAUAUCUUGCAGGAGUUGCAAGUGGAGACAUUUGGAUCUAUGGAAAAGCGAGAGAAAACCGACUUCAUCUUGGAACAAAUGAGAUUACUCCUCGCCAAGCGUGAUUACACUAGAACUCAGAUUAUGUCCAAGAAAAUUAAUACUCGAUUUUUCAAGGAGGAAGAAAAUGAGGAUUUGAAACUUCGAUUCUACGAUCUGAUGAUACAACACGCCAUGCACGAAGAGCAAUAUCUCAAUGUCUGUAAAUUUUAUCGAGCAGUGUACGAUACCAAAUCAAUCCAAGAUGACGAAAAGAAAUGGACUGAAGUUCUCAAGAAUGUUAUUUUGUUCAUUGUCCUUGCACCUUAUGACAAUGAACAAUCUGAUCUCUUGCACCGUAUAUACAGCGACCCCAAUGUCAGCAAGAUCCAAUUGUACAAUGACCUUGCAAAAUGCUUUGUAACGAAUGAGUUGAUGCGCUGGCCAAAGAUUGAGGAGAUAUAUGGAUCCACAUUGAAGGAGACCGAAGUGUUUUCACCAAAAGACGAGGCGGGUCAAAAGCGAUGGAGCGAACUCCAUAAGCGAGUGAUUGAGCACAAUAUCCGAGUUAUUGCUAAAUAUUACACACGCAUCACUACCAAGCGAUUAACGCAGUUGCUAGAUUUGAACGAACAGGACGCCGAAGAAUUCUUGUCCAAACUGGUCGUUUCCAAAACCAUUCAUGCCAAAAUUGAUCGACCAGCCGGUAUCAUAUCUUUCCAAGUCAACAAGACUGCAAACCAGAUUCUGAAUGACUGGUCAAGCGAUAUCAACUCACUAUUGGGACUGAUAGAAAAGACAUGCCAUUUGAUUUCGAAAGAGGAAAUGGUGCACAGUAUUGCUAAAGCUAUGUAAAGCAGCUGCUGAACCGUUGAGUCAUGGCUUGUCAAAUUUGUAACGUCACGUCGUGACUGCUCUUUCUCCCAACAACUUGAAUAAAAUAAACCUUCUCGCAAUACCAGUCUCCUCUCAGCAUAAAAUAAUAGAUCAUGAGUGCGGAAGAACAAUCCAACGCUCAAAUUGAAGAGCUUACGCAGAGAACCGAAGAAGUUGUCUUGGG